CGCUGCCGCGGGCUUUGGAUUGCUGGCCCUCGCCAACCUGGCACAGGCCUGGCCUCGCUUUUUCGCGCGCGGGAAGAUCUGGCUUGUUGUGUGCGCCCCGACUCUGCGUCUGUCAAGAGUCCUUGUCCGCUCGCCGGAAGCGAUGGCCCGUGACUUGACAAGCUCGCAGGCAUUGGGCGUUGCGUAAUCACGAUGGCUACAGCGACCGGCGCCGCUUUCGGAGCUCUGCCACCCUCUGCCCUCCCUCCGACCCGCAAGCUACUCGCAGUGGGAUACUGCGCUUGCGCGUCGGCAUGCGUGAACGUGAUCCUUCGUGUCCGCACGGGCGACGAGAGCGCGCCCUCCUUUCACCUGCUGCACAUCGUCCUCCCCUUCUUCGCGUCCUUCCUCGCGGCCCAUGCAGCUUCGCGCAGCAGCUUCGGGCAGAACGUGGCGCGGCAGAACGUGGCGCGGCUCGCGUCCUUCUUCGCGGCCCAGCGAGGAACGCGACCGCACCGGCCGACCGCCGCCGUGCAGCUCGAGAUGGGCUGCCCGCUGAGCACGCCGCCGCUCAAGAUCGCGGUGGGCGUCUGCUGCGGGCUGAUGGGUGGCCCCGCCUCUUGCGCUCCAUCACCCUCUCCCAGUUCUGUCCUUGAGGUGGUGUAUAGAUAGUGGUAGCUGCUGCACGAACGUACGGUCCUCGAGGAGUUGUACGUUUCUCGCGUCAGUGUUCUCGUGUAUCUGUAGAGCGUGUGUCCAUUGUGUGAUUACGUCGUACGUGAGAUAGAUUGUUUAAUAAUAGGGGAGAGAG